CAAAGAUGGUGAAGAGGUAUUUACGAGAUCUUGGUGUCGGAAAGUUUCAACGUGUGUGAGAGAUUAUUUUGCCUUUGGAGGAUUAUUGUCAAUAACCAGCGAACCUAGCCCUACUACAAGAUGUGAGAUACUGGGCCUCAACGAAUAGCGCUGUCCUCAUCGCAUUUGAACUCCCAUCUUAGUCAAACACAAACUUUCCUUUGCCCUCUCCAUUCAAGAUGGCAAGUAUUGAAGGGGUCUUGGACUCAGGAGAAGGUGAAACUCCCAGCAAUGGUUGCAGUAGCAGUUCUUCUGGCAUACCGCAAAUUCAAGUAUUCCAUCCAACCAUGGAAGAAUUCCAGGAUUUUCCUAAAUACAUUGAAUUCAUUGAGAGCAAAGGUGCUCAUAAAGCAGGCUUGGCCAAGGUGGUCCCACCCAAAGAAUGGAUCCCACGGAAAGGUGGCUAUGACUGUGAGGCUGUAAAAAACCUUGAAAUUCCUGCUCCUAUCUCCCAGGUAGUGACAGGAAAGUCAGGAAUUUAUCAACAAAUCAAUGUGCAAAAGCCCAAAAUGGUAGUGAGGGAGUUUGAAAAGUUUGCAACCAGUGAUCGUUAUCGUACACCUGACUACAGAAACAUGGAUGACCUGGAACGAAAAUACUGGAAAAAUGUAUCUUACAAUCCACCAACCUAUGGAGCAGAUAUUAAUGCCUCUCUGUAUGAUGAAGAUGUUAAGGAGUGGAAUAUCAACUCCUUGCAUACAAUCUUGGACUAUGUGAAUGAGGACUAUGGCAUCAGCAUUGAAGGAGUGAACACAGCAUACCUUUACUUUGGCAUGUGGAAGACAACCUUUGCCUGGCACACAGAGGAUAUGGAUUUGUACUCAAUAAAUUACCUCCACUUUGGAGAUCCCAAAUUUUGGUAUGUCAUUCCACCUGAGCAUGGUCGGAGACUGGAACGCUUGGCUGAGGGUUUCUUCCCAAGUGCUUUUAAGGUCUGCCCCGGGUAUCUCCGUCACAAGAUGACACUGAUGUCUCCUCAGGUUCUCAAGGCUUACUCAAUCCCAUUCAGCAAGAUUGUGCAAUAUCCUGGGGAAUUCAUGAUCACCUUUCCCUAUGGCUACCAUUCAGGCUUCAAUACUGGCUACAACUGUGCUGAGUCUACCAAUUUUGCCAUGCCACGCUGGGUAGAGUAUGGAAAGCGUGCUGUUCAAUGUACCUGCCAAGAUGACAUGGUGAGGAUCAGCAUGGAUACAUUUGUACGACGCCUCCAGCCAGAUCGGUAUGAACUGUGGAAGGAAGGGAAGGAUGUGGGUCAUCAUCCUGAGGAUAAGUCUCGAGAGUCAGCUGCACCACCACCUGCUGACUUUGCAGCUUCUAGAAACCUGCUGGACAAGCGCAAACGACGGCACCCAAUUCACGAGAAGUCCAAUGGUGGGGGAACCAAAUAUUCAUCACAGGCCGAAACUUCACAUCCCAGUGACAACAAGCAGGAGAAAGACAUGGAAAGGCCAAAACCUUGUACUACCAAAUCUAGAAGGAUCCCAGUACAUAAGUCUGAGAAGAAAGAUGAAGAUGAGAAGAAGCAGUUGCAAAAUGGGUCAGAGGCAACAAAGAAGAGGAAAAAGAAGGUAGAUCGAGAAUCAAAAUCAAGGGAUGGUAUGGAACUGAUGAAACGUGCCAUGCACCCUCAACCUCUCCAUAUCCCUGCCACCCCUCCCCCUCUUAGCUUCCCCCCCUUCCCACAUCCAGCAUCUCAGCUUCAAUCCUACAGCCAUGCUUUCCUCAACUUCACCCGCCAGGAUGACAGACUAAAAAGCAUCAUUGAAAGACUGUCACAGCACCAGGAUCUUGUUAUUACUCAUUGUCCUUCCCCUCCUCCAAUGGUGCAAUCAUAUGAGCCUGAAACCAAGCCCAAAGCACCCUGGAUCUCAGCUCCUCCCCACAACAUUGUGGCUGGGGCUCAUAGGGCUAUUCUGCCCAUGAGCCCAACAGUUUUUGAGGCUGAACUGAGUGAUGAGCAACUUGAAUGCACAGACUCUCCUCAAGUGUACAACUCCAGUCUGGGUACAACAUCAUUCACUCAUCAAGUCCAAAAACCCUCCUCUGCUGAUCAGCUCAGCAGAGAACCUGUUUUCAUGCAGUGUCAUCAAUUUCCUAACAUCAACACCUCAAGCUCAUGGCCAGAAAACUCAUUCUAAAUUGUACAUGGAAUCCUUCCCUGUGUAUUAUUAAUGGGUUUCUUGGUGAGUCAUCACUGCACAUAUUGUACAACCUGCUUAUAGAUUCUUGUCAACAGCAAUGGUGCUGUGACUAUUGGUCUCAGUAGCAUGUAGGGAAUGAUUGCUUGACCUGUACUGUACAGGAAAUUGGUUGAAUUUUCAACCUCUACUGUGGAAGUCUCCCAUAAAAAAAAUACACUAUAUGAUAAGAGAUUUUAAAUCUGGUAUUGUUUCUAGAAUUAUUAUUCUACAAUUUCAUUUUGCUCAUCCAUGAAUUGGCUCUGAAUUCACAGUCCCUGUCUAUCAUGGAUGUCCAUUGUUUUGCUUGUCUGGUCAGUAUUGCCUCUGUGUUCAUGGAUGAUUUUAUCCCAGUUGAUUAACGUUAAUAAAUUUUGAUGUCAAUAUGUGUUGGACGUGUGGGGCCACAAAAGUAGGUGCCAUCACUUAUUUCUGUUUUGGUGGCAGAACAGCAUAUGAUUACAUUCUAUUUUUGUGUUCAGUUUAUGUUUGUGAUUGUGAGUCUCUUGAAACUUCAAGAGAAGUCAAGAAAGAGGUUGUCAAAAAUUACAGGACAGCUAACUUUUUUUGUACAAACUUGUUAGCAUCAAUAUAUCCUGUCUGUCAGUACAGGUGCUGGUGUUUUGGUUAGAGAACUUUUAUGCACUUGAUCUGAAUAAAACUGGCCUCAUUGUCUCCCACCAUAA